AAAGUGGGGGUGACAAGUUUUAUAUAGAGAUGUUCUUCUCGGCAGACCAGUUGCUUCCGUGCGCGUCAAAUAGUACGUUGAUUCGAUAUCAGUGGACACUUUCCUUUCGUGUACGUGUUUCAUCGACACUUGUGAACCAAGCAUGGCUCCGCAACCAAAACCAAACGCUCACCCGCAAAUCAAGUACACCAAGAUAUUUAUCAACAACGAAUGGAAGGAUUCAUGUAGCGGGAAAAAGUUCCCAACAGUCAAUCCAGCGACCGAACAAGUUAUAGCCGAAAUAUCAGAGGCCGAUAAAGCUGACGUCGACAACGCCGUUAAAGCGGCCCAAAAGGCAUUCGAAAGAGGCUCUGUUUGGCGAAGUCUCGACGCUUCCGCUCGUGGCAGACUCAUUCACAAGCUUGGCGACCUCAUGGAGGAACACGUCAACGAAAUCGCGAGCCUGGAAUCGCUGGACAACGGCAAGCCGUUCGGAGACUCCUACGGCCAAGUGCUGGAGGGCGUUGGUUUCCUUCGCUACUUCGCCGGAUGCGCCGACAAAGUCCACGGGAAGACCAUUCCAGCUGACGGCAAGGUGUUUGCUCUGUCGAGAAAAGAGCCCGUGGGCGUAGUCGGGGCCAUUAUCCCCUGGAACUAUCCCGUGUUGCUGCUGAGCUUGAAGAUCUCCACGGCCAUGGCAGCUGGUUGCACGCUCAUCGUCAAGCCGGCCGAGCAAACCCCGCUGACGGCCCUGUACGUCGCCAGUUUGGUCAAGGAGGCUGGCUUCCCGCCGGGCGUCUUAAACGUGCUGCCCGGUUACGGGCCCACUGCCGGUGCAGCCAUUUCCAAUCAUCUCGGCAUCGACAAAGUCAGUUUUACGGGCUCGACUGUGGUAGGAAAAUCCAUACUCGAAGCGUCGGCGAAAUCGAACUUGAAAAAAGUGAGCCUGGAACUAGGAGGGAAGAGUCCACUAGUGGUGUUCAAUGACGCCAAUUUGGACGCUGCUCUAAAGUACGCCUCCGAUGGUCUCUUUGUCAACGCCGGGCAGACGUGCAUAGCACCGACGAGGCUGUUUGUCCAAGCGGGCGUUUACGAAAGGUUUACCAAAAUGUACGUCGAAGCUGCCUCGAAAGUCAAAGUCGGGAGUGCCUUCGAGCCCGGGGUUUUCCAGGGCCCACAGGUGGAUGAAAAGGGUUUCCAGAAAGUACUGUCGCUCAUCGAGGCGGGCAAGAAAGAGGGCGCGAAAUGCGAGAUUGGCGGUAAACGGCACGGAAAGGUGGGGUAUUUCGUAGAACCCACUGUGUUCACCAACGUCACCGACGACAUGAGAAUCGCCAAGGAAGAGAUAUUCGGUCCAGUUCAGAGCAUCUUGAAAUUCGAUACCUUGGAGGAAGUGAUAAAACGUGCCAACGACACAAUGUACGGCUUAUCGGCCGGUGUAUUCACGGAAAAUCUCACCACAGCGCUACAAUUUUCAAAAGCCGUUCGGGCCGGUACUGUUUGGGUCAACGAGUGGGGCAUAGUUCAUCCACAAACUCCGUUCGGCGGUUACAAAAUGUCGGGCUUGGGUCGAGAGCUGGGCCUGGACUCUUUGGACGACUUUAUGGAAACUAAGACCAUCAGUAUCAACUUGCCCAGCAAUCAUUGAUGUAAAAUUGGCAAAACAUGCUGAACUCGUUUGUUUGUCUACUUAAAAAUUAAAUGUUUAAUUUGUCAUAAAGGGUGUUGGGUGAAGGUCCGUAAUUGUAGAAAAACAGCUUGUAAUUCGUAGCAAACUCUAAUGUAAGAUCAAAAAAGCUUCGCUCAAUAUUGUGCGCUCGGCAAAUAUAUGGUGAAUACAUCAAGUAUUACGAAAUCGAAGAGGAGGAGUGAUGUAGAGAAAGAGGAAAAGAAUGAUCGAAGGGGGGUGGAGUGGGGAGGAUUCGUAUGCUCGGGUAAACAAGUUGAGAUGAUAAUGCGCGUGCGAGAGCCCCCUGCUUAUCGUGGCCGUGUUCGUCGACGAUAG